AUGUCUAUCAUUCUGAAGCGGGUGAAAUCUCACCUCAUUUUUAAUGUGAUCUUUGCUGUGAGCGUCUUCAUUCUCAACUACUUCACCAACCUGGUACGGCCGCCGCCGGUUGCAUUGCUGAGCGCCUGCUCAACCGCUUUGGGCUUGUUGUUGGUUUUCCGGACCACUGCGGCCUAUGAACGAUGGUGUGCUGGGUAUCGGUGUGUCCGUGAGACCAAAGCUCACCUGCAGCAACUGCGGCGCUUAGCACGCCUCUGGAUGACAGAGGAAGAUUUGGAAUGGAUGGACGGUCAGUUGGCGACCUUCCCGGCCUAUCUGGGCACCUUCCUGGGCGGCGGUGUAGGAGCGCGAGGAAAAUCCUGGGCCAUGCUCAGUGAGUUGGAGCGGGACCCCAGGGAGAUCUUGGUGACCUUCGGCGAGGGGGUCUACAAGCACCUGUCCAGCGGUUCAGGGUCUAAGGGUUCAGCAAUGCAGGAUCGAAUGCAGGGCCACAUCACCGGGGCGCUUGCAAGUAUUGAGGAGAUGGCCCAGAUUGUCACGGUUCCAGUCUCUCGAGAAUAUUCCAGGCAUACUUCACGCUUUCUGACAGUUUAUCUAUUGAUUUUGCCUUUUGCGCUGGUUGAGCUGAACUCCCUGAUGCCCCUGGCCGUGAUGGUCAUAGCUUGGGCCCUACUCUCCAUUGAGGAGAUUGGCCACACCUUGGAGGAUCCUUUCAACAGCCCCACGCAGCCUUUGAAUGUGCAAGCCUACUUGGAGCAGCCCUUGGGCUACGAGCCCCUGAUGCAAGCCCAGCGCCCUUUUGAAGUGCUGGAGCCAAAGGAGCCAAGGGAGCCCAAAGAGCCGAAGGAUCGAAAGGAGGCGAAAGAGCGGAAGGAGCAGAAGGAGCAGAAGGAGCAGAAGGACCCCCCAGAGGCCAACAUCCCAACCAGCAACGAGCAGGACGCUAACGUGACCACUGUGACAGAUCAGACAGCGCAGGCGGGUGGCACUGAGGAUAUACCCACGCCGUGA